AUGGAAAGUAGGAAAAAAAGUAUGUUAAAAAAUGAUUUUUUACAAUGCUAAGAUUAGAUGGAUGACGAUAUAGUUGAGUUAUGCAAUCAAGUAGAAGCCGAUUAGGAUUUUAACAUUUUGAAAAUACCUCUUCUAAAAACAAUUUUAGAGGGAGAGAUUACAAAUUCAAAGAUUUUAUAUUUAUAAAUGAUUGUAAAGAAGUGUAGGGAUACUAAAUAAAUAGAUGAUUUAGAAACCCUCUUUGAAGAUUAUAAUUUGGGAUAAAGAAUUAUGGCAAAAUGUGAGAAAGAAUCGAAUUUUGUAUUCCUAGAUGAACAAUUAUAUCUGCUUGGAUAACUGUCAUAGUCAUCAUUACUAUGUUAAGCAACUCUAAUACAAAUUUAAAUUGUUCAAUGUUUAAACAAAAUAGUUGAUCUUGAGAUUGAGUCUGAUGAUUGUCUUAUGUCUACCUUUAUGUAUCUAAUCACCACAUUUGUUGAACCAAAUAGCAGAAUCCCUUUUUCGGAUAUCAAAUAAUUUAUGUCGAUAGUAGAUAAAUUAUGCAAGAAAUUACGCGGAAUCAAUUAUUUAGACAUUGAACUCGAUUUAGAUAAUAAUGAAAAAUAUUCUGAGAGCAAACACUCCUUAUUAAGUAGAAUACUCUUAUUCGUUCGAUACUACAUUGACAAAUCUCAAUUCACAGCUAAUCUUACACUCUAUCAAAACUUCUGGAUAAUACUCUCCACUUUAGCAUUUGUAGUUUAAGAAUAGUACUCAUUAAGAUAAACUGCUUUAUAAGUAAUUUCUGAGUCUAUGAAAAUGAAUGAUCAAUAAUUGAAAUUUGAUAUCAUUGAAAAGCAUCCAGACAUAUUCUUUUAGUUACUUAUUAUUAUCGAUCAUCAUCAAUAAAACAAUAGAACUACUGAUAAAUGCAUAAGAACUUAAGCAUCUAUUAUAAUGAAGUAGUUGUUUUGUGAUUAAUCUUAAUACAUUAUCCAAAAUAUCCAUUUGAACUAAAUUUCUUUGCAGUUUUUGUAAUUGGUUGAAAGAGAAAAGGAUCGCCAAGUCUUGUAUCAUUAAAUGGAAGCUUUGUUUCUUUUAUGUUCAAACAGUACAUUUGAACAAUGUAUCGAUCUAUAUAACAACGGUUUAUUAACUCUAUUAAUAUCUACAUAUCAAGAAAUGAAGGAAUGGCAAGAUUUUAUUCUGAGCAAAUAGUUAAUUAAAUUGACCUUUGCUGUUUUGUAACAUAACUCAAGUGAUAAUCGAAUACUGAACUUUUUAAAACUGCAUAAAAUAACAUCAUAUUUAAAUGAUAUCAUAAUCCAUUGUAAACACGAUAUUACAUGUCAAAGAGCAAAUUAAUUACUUAAAUAUAUUUAAUGAUACAAUUAUAAAUUGAAUAAAUAAUUAUCAUCAUUUUUUAUCAAAA